GACAGCGACAUGGCCAGCCACACGCAGCAGUCGAGUGGGCGCGGGAACUCCGUCCCUGCGCCCUCGCCUGGCCCGGGCCCCGGCCCUGGAGCCUCGGAGCGGGUGACGCUCAAGAAAGAGAUCGGGCUGGUGAGCGCCUGCACCAUCAUCAUCGGAAACAUCAUCGGCUCAGGCAUCUUCAUCUCGCCCAAGGGCGUACUAGAGCAUUCAGGUUCCGUGGGCCUGGCGCUCUUCGUCUGGGUCCUGGGUGGGGGCAUCACUGCUCUGGGUUCCCUCUGCUACGCUGAGCUGGGAGUCACCAUCCCCAAGUCUGGUGGGGACUAUGCAUAUGUCACUGAGAUCUUCGGAGGCCUGGCUGGCUUCCUGCUCCUCUGGAGCGCAGUGCUCAUCAUGUACCCUACCAGUCUGGCAGUCAUCUCCAUGACCUUCUCCAACUAUGUGCUACAGCCUGUGUUCCCCAACUGCAUCCCACCCGCCACUGCCUCCCGCAUGCUCUCCAUGGCCUGCCUGAUGCUCCUGACGUGGGUGAACAGCAACAGUGUGCGCUGGGCCACACGAAUCCAGGACAUCUUCACAGGCGGGAAGCUUCUAGCCCUGUCGCUUAUCAUUGGCGUGGGCUUUGUCCAGAUCUUUCAAGGACACUUCGAGGAGCUGAGGCCCAGCAAUGCCUUCUCCUUUUGGAUGACCCCGUCUGUGGGUCACCUGGCCCUGGCAUUCCUCCAAGGUUCUUUUGCCUUCAGCGGCUGGAACUUCCUCAACUAUGUCACCGAAGAGCUGGUUGACCCUCGAAAGAAUCUACCUCGAGCCAUCUUCAUCUCCAUUCCCCUGGUUACCUUCGUGUACACAUUCACAAACAUUGCCUACUUCACCGCCAUGUCCCCACAGGAACUCCUGUCCUCCAACGCGGUGGCUGUGACCUUCGGGGAGAAGCUGCUGGGGUACUUUUCUUGGGUCAUGCCUGCCUCAGUGGCACUUUCCACUUUCGGAGGGAUCAAUGGUUACCUGUUCACUUCCUCCAGGCUGUGUUUUUCUGGAGCCCGGGAGGGACACCUGCCCAGCCUGCUGGCCAUGAUCCAUGUCCGACACUGUACCCCUAUCCCUGCCCUCCUUGUCUGCUGUGGGGCCACAGCGAUCAUCAUGCUUGUGGGAGACACCUACACCCUCAUCAACUAUGUGUCCUUCAUCAACUACCUCUGUUAUGGCAUCACCAUCCUGGGCUUGAUUGUGCUUCGCUGGAGGCGGCCAGCGCUCUACAGGCCCAUCAAGGUGAAUCUGCUCGUCCCACUUGCGUAUUUGGUCUUCUGGGCAUUCCUGUUGGUCUUCAGCUUCAUCUCGGAGCCCAUGGUCUGCGGAAUUGGGGUCAUCAUCAUCCUCACAGGGGUACCCGUUUUCUUCCUGGGCGCGUUCUGGAGAAGCAAACCAAAGUGUGUGCACAGACUCACCGAGUCAAUGACUCGCUGGGGCCAGGAGCUGUGUUUCGUGGUCUAUCCCCAGGGUUCCCCUGAGGAGGAAUAAAGCAGGCCCUGCCAGGCCUCCCCGCUCCCCACCUCAGACAAACCCUUGAAGACACAAUGA